AGUUCCUCCUGGAAAUGAAACUUAUCCCCCAAAAGGAAGACUGCCUUCCCCUGCUUCAUUAAAGCAUCAUUUAGAGCUUCAAGUGAGAUCUGGUCAGAGGUUGCUUUGAAGAAGGCCAGCAGGGGCCAUGACCACCCUCUCUCCCGAAAACAGCCUUUCUGCCAGGCAGUCGGCCUCCUUCAUCCUGGUGAAGAGAAAACCACCCAUUGACAAGACAGAAUGGGAUGGCUUCUUUGACGAGAAUGGUCACUUGGCCAAGUCACGAGACUUCAUUUGCGUUAAUAUCCUGGAAAGGGGUCUGCACCCCUUCGUGAGGACGGAAGCCUGGAAGUUCCUCACAGGCUACUACUCGUGGCAGAGUUCCCAGGAUGAGCGGCUCACAGUGGACAGCACGAGGAGGAAGAACUACGAGGCCUUAUGCCAGAUGUACGAGAAGAUUCAGCCCCUUCUGGAAAACCUGCACCGGAACUUCACAGAGACCCGGAACAAUAUCAAGUACCAGCAGGGCUUCCAUGAUAUGGUGAUGCUCUUCCACCUGAUGGUAGAACAUGACCAUGAGACCUUCUGGCUUUUCCAGUUCUUUCUGCAGAAAACGGAGCACAGCUGUGUCAUCAACAUCGGGGUGGGCAAGAACCUCGACAUGCUCAACAUCCUGAUCAACUUCCUGGACCCUGUGUUCUCUGAUCACUUAAAAGGCAAGGGUGCCGGGGCCGUGCAGUCCCUCUUUCCCUGGUUCUGCCUCUGCUUUCAACACGCCUUCAAGUCCUUCGACGACGUCUGGAGGCUCUGGGAGGUACUGCUGACAGGGAAGCCCUGCAGGAACUCCCAGGUGCUGGUGGCCUACAGCAUGCUGCAGAUGGUGCGUGAGCAGGUGCUGCAGGAAAGCAUGACGGGCGAUGACAUCCUCCUGGCCUGCAACAACCUUAUCGACCUCGAUGCUGAUGAGCUGAUCUCCGCUGCCUGCAUAGUUUAUGCUGAGCUCAUCCAAAAGGAUGUCCCUCAGCCAUUAAAGGAUUUCCUUCUCUGAGGACACUCACAAUGGAUAGACGCCCUCAAUGGACAGGACCAGACGAGGUCCUGAUGAGGUCAGGAUCAGGUCCAAUGGGGCGUUCGGGUGAGUGCAUAGGUAAUACAGCUG